CUUGGCAAUUGCGCCAACGACAACGAUAUAAUAACGAAUAACAACCGACCACCUUAACAUCGCCGUCCAAUGAUGGGAAUCAAAUAAAUUGCAUUUUGGGCUCUCGAUAUGUUUGUCAUGUCUCAACAGACGCAUUCUUGUCUCCACGAGUAGAUCCAAGCUUCUAGUUCAGCACCGGGAAUUCGAUAGGUGUUGACGAACGAAGUCGAUAUUUUUAUCUAUCGAUUUGUUCUGAUACUUAGGCCCUUGGUUGUUUAGUUGCCUGUUUGAGGCGGCUCAUCAUGGAGUCAACGACACCAGACGAUGGGGACUCGAGACGCAAGCGUCGGAGGCAAUUUAGUGUCCGAGCCAGCGAUGCUGCCACCCCUCCGGGGGAAUUCGGCUCUAUGAGGCCUGGAGUUGCGAAAGGUUCUUCGAGCUUUGUGGGUAGCGGAAGUGGAAUCUACUUUGUGCGAGCUGUACAAUCUGCUUUUGCCAGGAACUACAGCCAGAGCAGCCACGCAAUCGACGAUGAUCUCGUGCCCGGGGAGGAUGAUCACCUUCACGUUCAAAACCCGUCAGGUUCACUCUGGAACUCGGAAGAAGUCUGUUUUAUUCCUGCAAGUCAGCCUAUAGUCUCGGUAUCCUUUGACGAUUUGGUGCGAUGGAGUCAAUCGUUCUUCAAUAACUGGCAUCCGCUGUUCCCGUUUCUACAUGCACCAAGCAUUUUGGGACUCUUCGAAAGAAUUGCAACCCAUGGCGUUCAGAGUUUGUGCACUGUGGAAGCAAUUACUGUACGCUCAGUGUUAUCUAUGUCGGUUGCAGACCGACGCCAAAUGCCCAGGGAUGAUCUGACACUGAUUCCUUCAAACCUGGUUUUUAGCACCAUCGAUGAGGCGAUUUCCUCUCUCACACCUGUAAUUAUGCAACCUUCUACACUGUCCGGACUUCAAGCUCUUGUGGCGAUUCAGGUGUUCCUGAUUUCUAUGCUGCGUCUCAAUGCUGCGUCGAGAAUUGGUGGUCUCAUCGUACGCAUUACUUUUCACCUCGGUCUGCAUAGAUGCCCUUCGAGGUUCAAACAAUUCACUCUGGCUGAUGCAGAUAUGCGUCGAAGGCUAUUUUGGGCGAUAUAUAGCCUUGAGAGAUAUCUCUCCCAAUCACUGGGGCUGCCUCUGGAUUUAAAAGACGAUGAUGUCGAUGUCUGCUACCCUGACAAUGAACUUCAUGACAUCCAAGUCAACGAGGAGGGUAAUGGCCAGCCACUUCACGACCCGCGUCUUCUGCUUCUCCCAUCUUUUCUAGCUCGGCACGGCAAAAUCAAGGGCUUGAUUUUAGAACUUAGGCACAAGUGUGCGAACAACAGGACUGCUAGUCCCGAUGAAGUCAGUUAUGUGGAUGCUGAAAUAUCGAAAUGGUGGAAUGAAGCACAAGAUCUUCUCGAACCUGAUUACAUUAAUGAUGCGGCUGGAGAAGAUCCAGACGGCGGACAGGCCCCAUGCCUGUUAAAGGAGACACACAAACUCCUUGUCAUUGUUCAGAAGCACGAAUCCAGAAUACUUCUGAAUCGGCCUGUCAUAACAUCCGGCUACGAUACCUCCCUAUUCGCGGCAGCAAUGCAAAAGUGUAUUGGAGCGUCAAAACAAAUUGUUUCGAAGGUAUACCUUCACCUGCACGAAGGGAUGAACCAGGUAGGAUCGCGUGAUGGUAAAAUUCAAAAUCCACUUUUUUGGCCUGGCUUCACGUGGUGUAUUUGGAUGAGCGGCUUAAUACUUCUCUACGCAGCCUCUGAAGGGUAUUAUUCUAUUGAGAUAGCUCAACGUGAGGCUGGUCGAUGUAUAAAGAUAUUAGAAACGCUCUCAUUGCGAGGGAAUUUCUGGCCAGGAGCUUGCGCAUCCGCUCUUAUAGAUUUACAAAAAGCUCUGGGUAACAAACUCUCCAAUGGUACCUUCGAGCAACACGCUGGUUUACAGUCUCGAACAAAAGAGAUGCGGACGUCAACAGAUGCACUCAACUCAAUCCAUCGGCAGAAGGUACGCCUGCGGAAUAGUGAGACUGGUACAGCACAAGACACCGGAGGAGCUUCAGUUUCGCCCCGUGCCCCAAAUCCUGAUUUUCAGCCACAUGGCUCACCGAGAGCUUACCAGGGAAAUGGAGAGACGCCAAGUACGAACAAUUCGAUACCGCCCCAUUUGAGGAGCCCUCAGGGCGCCAUGGCAUUCUCCUUUCAGCAAAACGAAACGUCUACCAUGGAGCCAAACAGCGCACCUGGUGGCGUGGCUUGGCCUAUGUUAAGCGGACCAACUUACCAGAUGGGUGACCAGUUUAACGGACUUGACGAUAUAUUUCAGCUCAUGGAUGCUUCUUAUCAAAUUAGUGAGCAGAUGUACGAGCCUGGAGAUAUGGCACAGUUUUAGAAAUAUUUAUACUCUUAUUUACAUAGGAAGGCUAUUCAGGACGCAUGUAAUAAUUACACUCGAUGAAUUAAAGGCUAUUUGAUUAUAAGAAGAACGUCGGCAGAACCUGAACGCUUACUUAAGCUCUAUGGUGAUACAUAAAGAGAAC